CACACCAUGGCCUCACGGGUGAUCUGCUUUCUGUCGCUGAACCUGCUACUGCUGGAUGUUAUCACUAGGCUCCAGGUUUCCGGACAGUUACAGUUGUCACCAAAGAAAGUGGACGCUGAAAUUGGCCAGGAGGUGAAGCUAACAUGCGAAGUGCUGCGGGACACUUCGCAAGGAUGCUCUUGGCUCUUCCGGAACUCCAGCUCCGAACUCCUCCAGCCCACCUUCAUCAUCUAUGUAUCUUCAUCCCGGAGCAAGCUGAACGAUAUACUGGAUCCGAAUCUGUUCUCUGCCCGGAAGGAAAACAACAAAUACAUCCUCACCCUGAGCAAGUUCAGCACUAAAAACCAAGGCUACUAUUUCUGCUCAAUCACCAGCAACUCGGUGAUGUACUUCAGUCCUCUGGUGCCGGUGUUUCAGAAAGUGAACUCUAUUAUCACCAAGCCGGUGACGCGAGCUCCCACACCAGUGCCUCCUCCUACAGGGACACCCCGGCCCCUACGACCAGAAGCUUGCCGACCCGGGGCGAGUGGCUCAGUGGAGGGAAUGGGAUUGGGCUUCGCCUGCGAUAUUUACAUCUGGGCACCCUUGGCCGGAAUCUGCGCGGUUCUUCUGCUGUCCCUGGUCAUCACUCUCAUCUGCUGCCACAGGAACCGAAGGCGUGUUUGCAAAUGUCCCAGGCCCCUUGUCAAGCCCAGACCUUCAGAGAAAUUCGUGUAAAAUGGCGCCACUAGGAAGCCACAACUACUACAUGACUUCAGAGAUUUCUCACAAGAGACCGGGCCCUCCUUUUUCAGAGUUUCCUGCUGGCUUAUAUAUUGUCCUCUGUAUUGUUUUAGGGGUAGGAUGGGGACAGUUCCUUUUUCUUUAUGAAUUCUCUUUGAUACAAAACAUACUUGUAUGCACACAAUGGGGUAAAGAUCAGACUGUAACACCAGAGAUAGUCCCAGUUUCAGGGUCAGCGUAGCUGGUGGCCUCGGCACCCACUUGAUAUAAAUCUCCGGUCUGCCCAUCAUAUAGAAGAAGCUGAAGAUCAGAGAUGGGAACAGCAAGAUCUGUAGACCAGGAGAGAACCCAAGCUGAAGGACCCCUCACUAGCUGGUGCAGGGAUCUCAUCCCCCUCCCCUGAGCUCUCUGUUUAGGUGACACACUUGUGCCUCAAACCACAGGGAGCAAGUGGUAUGAACCUGUGAUCUGCUCAGCUCUGCCUGUGAGCGUCAGAUGAAACAAAUCCAAGACAAGAGAACUGCCCUUAGCAGUGCAACUGGACAUCAGAGCUCCUUGUAAGGAACUGGGAAAUUGCUGGCAGUCAAGGGAAGGGGUAGAGUAAAUCUGGAAAACAGUCCCCUCUGUCACUGAAGACUAACUCAAUUAAAGCUAUUCAAACCACCA